GCGGUGUGCUUGGCUCAACCUUCAUUUAUCUUUGCUCCGUCUUUGUCUCCUGCGAUCGUUCCACCUCUUUUCUUUUUCAUCUCUUUUUCUCUGCAUCCCCUUUCCUCAUCUGUUCUUGCACGACUUCGCCAGCUAUGAACUCCAUGAACUACCUUCACUUUGACACGACCAACAUGUUCUUGUUGAUCAAGUGGCUACCGAUAGAGACACCGUUCGGCCUCAUCCUUGGUCUAGCACUAACAAGUGGGGUCUGCAUUUGUGAACGGAUCGUAACCUCGCGACUGGAGAAGGUCUCCAUGCGGCUCUAUCAGCAUCAACAGCAACAGCAACAGCAACAGGAGCUGGUCUGGCGGCAAAGACGACAAAGGAAACAUAGGAGUCAGGUCCGAAGCAAAGCCAGAUCAUCAGCAUCCGCAACAACCGUUCGGACAAACUCAGCAGAACCGGACUUGAUCUCUUCAGAAUUCGAACCGCAGACUGCGGCAUCAGGGUCGAGAGAUAGUCAUAGAAGACCUAGUCUCCCGCCUUUUCCGAGACCGAAAGUGGGCGACGAUGAUGGAGAGGAAGGCAGCAGCGGCAACAAGAUCAGCGGCAAAGGACUGUUGGUACAAAAGAUGACUUAUUAUGCCAUAGCCAAUAUGUUGCGAUUGAGCUACAUGCUCCUGGCUAUGAGCUUUCAUAUCGGCGUCCUUACCGUGAUUGUGAGUUCAAUGAUUCCAAUGACUCCAAUGACUCCAAUGAUUCCAAUGAUUCCGGUUGCGUUUUACGGUGAUGUCUGCACUAUUAUUCGCUUGCGACACUAACAUGUAUGGUACACUGGGGUUCGCUGUUUAAAUUCAUGGAUAGGUCGCUUCUUUGACAUGCAUGCAAGGGUGCCUGGAUCAUGCUGCGCUGCAAAGAUCG